UGUCACUCGUUAUUGAAAAGCAGUCAUAUGACAUUUGCGAGUUGGUUCGUCGAAUUUGUCGUGUUAACUCCCAUCUUGUUCAGCUAAACCUCGAAAACGGUUUGUAAAAAGUGCUUUUCACUCCCCGACAAAUAAACGUAGGAGGCAACAAUGUCUGGUUUCAUGUUCAAUAUCGAUGGCGGCUACUUGGAAGGACUGUGCCGAGGAUUCAAGUGCGGAAUACUACGCCAAGCAGAUUAUCUAAAUUUGGUACAAUGCGAGACCCUUGAAGAUUUGAAACUGCAUCUUCAAGGCACUGAUUAUGGACAGUUCCUUGCCAACGAACCAUCUCCACUUUCCGUGUCGGUUAUCGAUGAUAAGCUCCGUGAAAAGCUGGUCAUUGAAUUCCAGCAUAUGCGCAACCACGCCGUUGAGCCCCUGUCCAACUUUUUGGACUUCAUCACAUAUGGCUACAUGAUCGACAACAUCAUUUUGUUAAUAACAGGAACACUUCAUCAACGACCAAUUUCCGAAUUGAUCCCCAAGUGCCAUCCGCUGGGAAGCUUCGAACAGAUGGAAGCUAUUCACGUGGCAGCCACACCAGCUGAAUUGUACAAUGCCGUAUUGGUAGACACUCCGCUGGCUCCAUUCUUUGUCGAUUGCAUAUCCGAACAGGAUUUGGAUGAGAUGAACAUUGAAAUCAUCCGAAACACUUUGUACAAAGCAUAUUUGGAAGCAUUCUAUGAUUUCUGCAAAAAGAUCGGCGGUACAACUGCCGAUGUUAUGUGCGAAAUUCUGGCGUUCGAAGCUGAUCGUCGCGCAAUUAUCAUCACCAUCAAUUCAUUCGGUACGGAACUUUCAAAAGACGAUCGUGCCAAAUUGUACCCGCGCUGUGGCAAAAUGAAUCCCGAUGGCUUGGCCGCAUUGGCACGUGCCGACGACUACGAACAGGUGAAAGCCGUUGCCGAAUACUAUGCAGAAUACGCAGCUCUAUUCGAUGGGUCAGGUACCAAUCCCGGUGACAAGACAUUGGAAGAUAAAUUCUUCGAACAUGAAGUAAAAUUGAAUGUGUUCGCCUUCAUUCAACAAUUCCAUUUCGGUGUCUUCUACGCCUACUUGAAGCUGAAGGAACAAGAAUGCCGCAAUAUUGUUUGGAUUGCAGAGUGCGUUGCGCAAAAGCACCGAGCAAAGAUAGACAACUAUAUUCCAAUCUUUUAAAAUAAUAAUCCACUAUAAGAUUCAUAAUGUGAGCAUUUUGCUUCUAAAUAUCAUUUGAAGUAGCGUUUGGAUGCGCUAUCGUAAAGUUAAAUAGUGUAAAGAGAACGUUAGCUUUCAUUGGUAGUUUCGCAUUAAACAUAAUAUCAAACAGUUAUUGAGUAUUUCGUACAUUCCUGACUUCUAAUAGCUGGCCUGGUUUCACAUGAAGAUAACCCGCCGGUUUUAGACCUUAUUCAGAUAUUCAUGAUAAUUAACAACAUGCGAACUAUUUUAAAAGUAUUAUUUGUUUUAUUUUAAUCGAGUUUUAUUUCAUUGUUUUAUUUCCUAUUCUUGUUGAUUGUAUAUAUACACAGACAUUUAGGUCGAAAUAUAAAUAUAUGUUAAUGUGAACAGCAGGAGGUCUUGCUUCUGAGAACAUUGUAAAUUUCGGUUAAAAUGUAAAUUUGUGUUUUUCUAUAUAAUGCACAAGGUUUUCGGAUGACUAUACAUACAAUUUGAACAAAUUGUAACCUUCUAAAUAAAUGUUAUUAUGAUUAUUA